UUGAAUCGAGAUCAAUAAGUGAAGUAUUAGUUGAUGUGAGGGGUAUUAGCAUUUCAUGAACAAUAAUUUGUUGGGUAAAUGGAUUCCACGCGUGCGACGAAUUGGUUGUUUCAACCCAAGAUCAAAUGAAAUGAUUGAAGGGUAAAAUUCGGGGAUUAUGAAGAUUGUAAUGUUGUUAUUCACACCGUUCCGUUUCCUCCCAGUUUUUUGACCACUGCCGGAAGGUGCCCUUCAAGUGUAUCGUUUCGCGGUGAACGUAUGUGCACCUACUUCUCAUGACAGCGUAUUACCAUAUCAGAUUGCAAGAGCGGGAUUGGAAGCGAAAUUCAAAGGAUUGAGAGGAAUGCACGAGCUAAAUACCCAAACAUUAUUCCAACAUGACGGUGCAGUUUUGUAGUGGAGCAUGAUAGGACAAGUGCUACUUGGGCCUUACACACAUGUGCGCUAGGACAAUAUGCAGAGGUAUGGUCCGGUUACAAUCUAGUAACUUUCUGACUCCACAACAAGGCUUUGGUGGGUUCCAUUGGUAUCCUAAUCGAUGGAAGGAAAAGUCUACAAGGAGAUUAUCUUGUUUCCACACUUCGGACCUGUAGUCUGGCGUUGAAAGAAGCAGAAGGAGAUGUAUAGAGAGAUACUAUCUACUGCACAAAAUAGGUUCUACUUCCGCAAUAGCACUGUGAUAUGGAACCUGGUAUCAUAGCCAAAGAAUAAUUGAAUGAGAUGACGUGGUGAGUGUGCAAAGGAGCUACCGAAAGGGAGGGUAGCAUCGCUAGCACAUUUUAUCCCAGUCUGGACGGGGCAUACUCCCCAUGGUACGUGAAGAAGAUACCAAUCUCGUACUACAGUUAUGAAGAAUGAUAACAGCAUCGGAGAGAGCGAAUAUGGGAUAUCAACCUUUAGGAUUGGACUCGAUUACUUCCCCUCAUCCGAAUGAGACUCCGUAUGUACAAUCCCUCCGGGGUAGGGAACUCGCUCCUGGUGGGUCUUCUUGCCCUGAUCCAUCUGGACUUCCUAAUGGAGCGUUCGGAGUCCUCCUUUUUCGGAUAGAAACAAUAUUCACUAAUUUGUCAUGAGCUGUUCAAGACAGAUGGAAAACUUUAUAUAUACUCCCAUCAUCUCACCAGCUAUUUCGCAGAUCAAGCCUUGCUCGAAAACCACCAGAAUUUGCACCUGCUUCCAUCGUUCCAGAUCAGAUAUUCCCUUCGUGUCUCAUCUACCUCAACAAGCAAAAUCUAGCACGAGGGUCUUAGCCAAUAUCUUACUGGGACUUCCUCCGCAGUCGAUCAACUACAAUCGCCUCUUUACCGUAUUAUUGCUUGUUCUGUUCACCUGAUUUCAAUAUGGGAGAACCAGAAAAGGUCGUCGAGUCGCCAGAUGUUCGCAGCUUGGCGGACUCCAGCGAGAUGGGCGAAUCGACCAAAGUACCACCAUCACCAUCCUCUAGCAGUUUGGCAGAAUCAAAUAGUUCUGGAGGCUCAAGUUUGAUGAAAGUAUCUGUGGAUCCUAAGCUUCUGGAAGAUGUCGCAAAACAAUCUGCUACGCCUGUUCUGCGAUUCUAUCGCUUCAUCACCUCCGAAUAUCGACUUCUGUUCACAAUCGUGUUUUGCCUCAAUUUGGGAGGUGCCGUAGGAUUCCUGUACGAAUGGGCUACCAAUGGGACACCAAGCAAAACAACAGCUGCUUUGGCAACCUCGAUUAACCUGGUGGUCGCUAUUGUCAUUCGGGAAGAGCAUGUCAUCAAUGGUUUGUAUACCAUUUUUGCAUCCGCGCCAAAAAGCUUUCCAUUGUGGAUCCGCCGACGCAUGGGGAAGAUCUACCACUUGGGAGGUCUUCAUUCCGGAUGCGCCUCAGCUGCAACAUUUUGGUUCAUCCUUCUCUCUAUCGAAACUAGCUGGAGGGGACCGUACCACGCGGAAAAGAUCAUCCUACUCAUCAUUAUCUACAUUUUGGAUAUUCUUCUCAUCUCAAUGAUUGUCAUGGCUCAUCCAUCAAUUCGUGCAAAACUCCACAACAGCUUCGAAAUCAUCCAUCGAUUUGCUGGGUGGUCAGCACUUGCACUGCUCUGGACUCUCACCGUACUCAAUAGUGAUGUCGAGCGAUCGUCUACUCAAAAAUUGACCAAGGUUCUACUAGUCAAUCCCAACAUGUGGCUUCUCGCUGUCGCUACAUGGAGCAUCAUUAUGACCUGGCUUAAUUGCCGAAAGGUCAAGGUUCAAUCAGAACAACUUUCAACACAUGCCUUGCGCAUUUACUUCGACUACGUUAGGCCUUCACCAGGAACAACUAUUCGCAUAUCCAGCAGCCCCCUCUUCGAAUGGCAUGCAUUCGCCACCGUCGCAGACCCAAAGAAAGACGGCUUCUCUCUCAUUAUUUCGAACGCAGGUGACUGGACCAAAAAAUUGAUAAGCGAACCACCGAAGGAGGUUUGGGCUCGUCGUACGCCCACAUGUGGUGUGUUACGAAUCGCUCCAAUGUUCCGAAGUAUCUUACUCGUCGCUACCGGCUCUGGAAUCGCACCCUGCUUACCGGUCAUCCUUGCACAGCAAACUAGAAUCAAUCUCUUUUGGUCGACUCGAGACCCAUUGACGACCUAUGGUGAUGAAAUCGGUGGCAUUAUCAAAGCACUAGGGCCUAACGCAUACAUCCAUAAUACGACGACCAUGGGGAGACCCGCGACACUCCCUCUUGUGAUACAACAGUACCGGGACACUGAAUCUGAAGCUGUCAUUGUCAUUUCGAAUCCGAAAUUGACUAUAAAACUCGUGCAGGAUCUAGAAUACCUUGGAAUUCCUGCCUUUGGUCCUAUUUGGGACUCGUAGGAGAAGAGCUGGCUAGCAUCAAUUCCGUACCUCCGCUCCUUCGCCCUCAUUCCCAGUAAAUUUGGACAUCACGAUAAUGAACCAUGUGCUGUUAAUUUCCUAUCAAUUUAUAAUCGGCUCCGGAGGCUGUUAUUCCGUUUGUUGUGGCGUUUGUUGGUUUUUGUGCUUCUUUCCCAUACGAUAUACGACUUAUGUUUGGUUUCUGUAUCUUCUUUCAAUAUAGAAGGAUGGAGUAGGAAAAGUACGAGUAGACGUUAGUCAAUUAGAUCAAUAGAAUAGAUUAUCCUUAUCGUCCCGCAAUGACUUCAUCUGAUACUUACUUACUGCACUAUCUCCUGACAACUAGUACCGGAGUUUCCAAUAACGGAUUCCCCCUUACAUGCCCAGUAAAUCUAUGGAGCUAGGUAGGUACCCAUCUUUCUUCAACGCCAUCUUACAGUGGAAGACAGGGGCCGCAGCGCAGGAUUCUGACGCCACGUGCCCGGCACGUGAGGGAGAUAUGGAUCCAUGUUCAAAAUUUGAAGAUUGGAGAAGGUUGAAGUGUAGAAUACGACACAACAUGAUCAAGAGUGACCUUUCCGCGGGAGAGAAGGUCGACGAAGCAGUGUAAAGAGAAAAGAUGUAUGAGGACCAAAUUGAGUUGAACCAAAUCGUUGCCCGUUCGUUCAUGGUUGUGGCGAG